GUGAACCACGCCCAUCAUGAAGCUCAAGCUCAAGUGCUACUUUCCAGGGGAGCCGCCGUUUAUCACGCAAAUAACCGUCGAGGGCAAUGACAUCGUCGAAUCGCUGUUGCGGGAGUUCCACAAGCGGCUCAAGGAGGUUGACUACGAUGUCCCACUGAGGGACCUCGUGCUGCACAAGGCGGAUGUCAAGAUAAUGCCCGAGGUGGAUCUGACAGACCGUGUCAUUCAGUGGCUUCGCAUCCAGCCAGAGGCAGCCGAGCUCAGUGUUCUACAUGAUAUUGGAGACGUGUUCACCGAAGCCCUGCCAAAUGAUACUCUUCAUAUCAUUGUUGCCAAUGCCGAGAUCAAGGAGCUACUUGACUUUGUUGACGAUCCUCAAGCACGGUCUCGGAUACAGAUUAAGAAAAAGCUCCGCAAGCAGUUCGCCAAACUAUCAUCCAGCCCCUCCCCAUCUGCAGUUGUAAGGAGCGCUGAUGCAUUGGCAAAGUUCCUCAAUGCCGAUGGCCAUCCUGUGUGCCUCGAUCAAGUCCCAGCCGCCAUGUUCAGCCCGCCACUUGCGCACCUACAACGGGCCCUCGCCGAGCUUGGCGACCUCGAGGUGACCGAACAUGAUGUCAGCCACGCGUCUAGCUUCCUCAGCAAUACAAUCAUGUCUUAUCACAAUGAGGACAGUCGCCGGAAUGCCAUUCGGCAGCACGUCGACCACUUAAUCGGGGAGCCUGGUCAGUGGGAGGAAAGGCUUGACCGGGUGGGGAACAUCCAGCCUGAUGCGAGUUGGUGGCAAGGUGAGUUCCCUGUCGCAAUCCUGGAGCUGAAAAAUGCCCCUGGUAUUGGCGGAGAUCCUUUUGUUCAAAGUUGUGUCGGACCCCCAGGUGCGGCAGCACGCAUCCACGUUCGUAUCUCCGUUGAUGUGUCCUUUCUAGCUUGCGCACUUUCAAGGAUCCUGCAAUUUCCCUGUCUUGCCCUAUUCGAGCUAUCAAACGGAAUAUAGAUGUUGCCAGGAAUACACCCAUAGCUAAGCUCAUAACGCCUCAGCAACUGCGGAGCA